AAGAACUCCGGACUAUUUUCUUUAACUUUCUUCGACUAGCGGUCUACUCGCAUUCAUAAAAAUGUCGAAAAUACUUGAUGAGAACAUGAAAUUUGAUAAUAUCUUUUGGAUUGCCACAACAGCAAUGCGUCUGAAUCGAUCCCAUCCUUACAUCCCGCGGGAUAAGAAUUGGCGCACUCAAUUUACUGCUAUAUUAAUUUUAUCCUCUUUCUGUUGUAUGUUCUUGUUAUAUUCAACAUUUUUUCACGACAUACCGUGUGGUGCAUAUGCAGAUGCUUGCAAAAGUACAAUAAUGGCAAUAGUUGCUUUCACGAUUACGUAUAAGUACUUGAUUAUGCUGCGAUAUCAGGACUCUAUUACUGAUCUUAUUCGCAUUGUGGAUGAGGAUUACGAACUGGCCAAGGGGUUCUGUGAAGAAGAACAACGCAUCGUUUAUAAGUACUCUAAGAGAGGGGUAAAAGUUACCCAGUACUGGUUCGUUUCAGCUUGUUCGACGAGCGCCAUUUUCCCGGUCAAAGCAUUUGUACUUAUGGGAAAGUCUUAUUUAGCAGGUGAAUUCCAACUGGUGCCGUUGUUCGAAAUGACAUACCCUUGGAUCCUGAACGAUUAUAAAAAUGUACAUGUCGUUUUCGUUAUGUUAUUUGGUUUAACACUCUUCUUUGAUUUAUAUGCGACUUCAAUGUAUGUAGGAUUCGAUCCGAUUGUCCCGAUAUUUAUGCUUCAUUUGUGCGGGCAGUUGGACAUCCUUAACCUGCGCAUAUCGAAAUUGUUCUCCAAUACACAGGACUCCGCUGAAACUAUUCGAGAAAACUUAAGAAGAAUUAUUUUACAACUUCAGGAUAUUUACAAAUUCAUUGAAAUUAUUAAAAAUAACUUCACAGUGUUAUACGAGUUUAUUAUGAAAACUACAACUUUUCUACUUCCUCUAACUGCGUUUCAAAUUACCGAGUCUCUUCGAAACGGAGAAAUUAAUCUAGAAUUCAUAGGAUUCUUUACUGGCGUGAUAUUACACUUCUACAUACCUUGUUAUUAUAGCAAUCUUUUAAUGGAGACGGGCGAAAACUUCCGUCUGGCGAUAUAUUCUUGCGGCUGGGAAAAGCACUGGGACAAGCACGUGAUGCGCACUAUCCUGUUCAUGUUGACUCGCGCCCUUAAGCCGAUCGUUAUCAGCACCGUCUUCUGCGCCAUCUGUCUCGACACCUUUGCCCAGAUGAGCCGAGAAGCGUACUCUAUAUUUAAUCUCAUGAACGCAGCUUGGGCUUAGACUGGAACUUUAUCGAAAAAAGUAUUUUUCAACGCUUGAAUAAUAAUAAUAAAAACAUUUGUUGUAACCAAUAUUAGUAAGAAGUAACUACUUACUGGAUAAUAAAAAUAAAAUAAUAAAGCACAUUAUUACAUUAUACUCACAGAAUAACGUCUCUUAACAAUCCAUGAAUUGCUUAGUAGUUUAAGUUUUGAUUCGUCAGCGCCAACAUGAAGCAUUUAUACCUUCCUUCCUCUCACACUAAAACGCAGAUGUAUAUUAAAUGAGAGUGGAGUAGAUAUAAUGGGGACGCAAACUUGGAGUACAUCUGUAACCAUUAUUAAUCGUUACUGCACGUCGUAAGUCCCAUGUAUUUUACAUCGACGAUAAACUAUGUAUACGUGAGAAGUGUUAUGUUCAGAUGCAACUACUACAUAUAAUCAUUACAACAAGGUACUUAAUUAACAGGUAGGUAUAACAUGUUUUCAUCGGACGCUUACGAAAAUAAAAACGCAACAAAACAGACGCUUGGUUUUGUGGCAAACCAUGUUUCUGUUACAACGCUUACAUUACGACUUACAAGAGGUGGGUGAUAAUUAACGUCAAGAGAACGAUGAAAAAAUCACAGCGAUCCGCCAUCAAAACGUGUCACUGUGGCUACACGAAGGAACAUUGUUACAAAAAAAAUGUUUAUUUAUUAAAACACAAGGGUACGAAAAUUUUACUAACUGCAUGUCUACCGCAAAACUAAAUAAUAUCUACUAAUGGUUAACAAAACUGUUCAUAAAAAUAUUGUAAAUAAUUACGAGGUAAUCUUAUUAACAAUUUCACGAGUCUUGCAUAGAUUGGAUGUACAUCGUCUGGGUGAAUUGCAAAAAAAAAAUUAUACGUAAUUAAGCGUAGUUAAGAAGCUGUAAUUAGGCUUAAGUUCAUGAAUAUGUGUUACGAAUGUAGAGUAUGUUUAGUUUGUCUUUGACUUUUAUGUUUUUGUGUCUAUGAUGAAACAGAUGAAUAAAUCAUUCUUAGACUAAACUAGAUAUGGUUGUCGUUUAUUUUAAAUACUAAUAUUACAUGGCGCAGUCGGUAGGAUGACUUUAGACUCAGACAUAGACUUUUAUGUUUUUGUGUCUAUGAUGAAACAGAUGAAUAAAUCAUUCUUAGACCAAACUAGAUAUGGUUGUUGUUUAUUUUAAAUACUAAUAUUACAACGAAAAUUUACAGUGUAAAUUGUAUUGUGUUGUAUUUAUUGUACUAAAUUCAUACCUACACAUAUGUCUUUAGCAUACGCAAUAAAACUUUAAUGCAUAAACCUUAAAUAGAAAUGUCUUAAUAGUCGUAACAUAAUGGAAUCAAUAAACCUUACACUGAUUGCAGGUUAACUAUGUCUUUUUUUUUGCAAUGCCCUAAUCUUAUAAUUUUGCAUGAUGUUGUUCAAAAUCAGUUGUAAGAUAAGAAACUAUAUAAGCGACUGUGAAGCGAUGUUUAUAACUUUUAUAAGCGACUUGGUUUUUGUUGACUGUAAUAAAUAAUAAAUAAUUAUUGUAAGUAGUGUAUUAUGU